GCCCAGCCAGGGUGAGCUCACAAAGGUCUUGAAGAGCCUAUGUGAAGGCAGAGCUGCCUGGUUCUCUGGAGGUGCUCAAGCCGAUGGAGGCUGUGGCCUCAAAACUAUCACUUCAAAGAGACACACUGGCUUGGCAGGAUAGACUACCACAACAUCCACAGACAAACCUUGGCUCCUUGAGGGAGAGCAUUGAUUAUCCCUGAGUAAGAUGGAGUCUCCUAAGACCUUCAUGAGAGAGCUGCCCAUCACGCCAGGAUACUGUGGCUUCAUACCAUGGCUCAGUUGCCAGGAAAGCUCCAGCGAGGACCGCAUGAAUCCCUGUGUGAAAGCGUUCCAGGAGAGAACGCAAAGAUACAAGGAGGAGCAGCAGGGACUAAACCGCUCUGUGGCCAACAUUCGGCCCCUGAAGCCCAUCUGUUCGGAGGACACGGUCCUGUGGGUGUUGCAUGACUAUGCCAAGAAGUACCACCCCCUGACUCUGGAAUGCAAAAAUGAGAAGAAACCGCUGCACGAGCCCCCUAUCCCUGGCUGGGCAGGCUUCCUGCCCAGAGCCAGGGUCACUGAAUUUGGCUAUGCCACAAGGUAUACCAUCAUGGCCAAAAAGUGCUACGAGGACUUUCUGAAUUUGGUGGAGGAAGCCAAGAGGGCUCAACGGAAGCCGUAUGAGCCAACAUACGAUGUGAGGGCUGCCCAGCCUCUUAACCGUUCUUCAGACAUCUUGCAGCUUCAAGGUCUCCCACGCUUAUACCCAGAAUCCUCUGGGCCAGAUCAAACACUUCCAAGUGAGGACCCUCAAGCUCCCAGGCCCUGUGGCUGUGCUCAGUGGUCCAGUCUGUCAUGCAGCAGGAAUGUGUAUGGGGAUCCACCAUCCUUGGCAAAGAAAUUUGCCUAGAACUAGAGUCCUGCAUCCUCCCUAGGAGAUGUAAGCCUCAAGGGAGCUCGGACACCUGUUGUGCUUGCAUCAAAACCAGCCCCCUCACCCUCUUUGGGCAACGAGGAGAUUUAAUAAGAAUUCCUUAACUGUUGCCCCCAGUAACUAGCACUGUCUUCCAAGACAGUCUGUAAAUUCAGAGGUUGCAUCUCAGCAUAC